GCUAGCCCCCGCUUCCCCGAUCCACAUCGCAUCUUUACCGCGGAAAGUCUGUCGAAUUACCCCAUCGCUGUCAUUUCUAUCGAGUAAUCCCCGACCUAAACUGCCCAGUCUGACGGCUCGAUUGGCUGCUCGGUUCCAGAUUAUAUUCCCCGCAAUCCACUGCAGUUGCGAUCGGGUAAGAACCUGCUGGUUGUGUCUCGGGUGAGAGUGCCGGUAGUCUUCAACGAGGGGUUGCGAUAUCAGUCCAGCUGUAGUCUGUUUGUGACUCAUGUCAUAGUAUUGUAUCCGUUUACAAUAUUGUCAACGGUGACAGUGAUGUUUGUAUAACAUCUAACCAGCAAAAUGGUCGACAUCUCUGCGAAGAGAAGAAAAUUGGAUCCUCCCGACCCAGCCCUAAAUCAGCCAUCAGCCUUUCGCAACGUCUCCUCCUGCCGACGGUGUCGUCUGCGCAAAGGUCGCUGCGAUCAGCGUCUUCCUCGAUGUCGGCCUUGCGAGAAGGUCGGCGCGCGCUGUAUCAGUUAUGAUCCGAUCACGCGCCGCGAGUUUCCGCGCAGCUAUGUCUACUUUCUUGAGACCCGCAUCGCCUAUCUGCAGAGCGUGCUGGUGAGGCAUGAUGUUCCGUUUGAGCCGGAGGCCGCUUUCGACGAGAAACAGAUUGUGAUAACAACGUUGCCGGCUACUGAGGCACAGCCUGUUUUCGAUUCGGAUGCGGAGAACACUUCCAAUAUAGAGCCCAGCGCCGUUGAACAGCCCGUAGACAAGGACAACAACAACAGCCACAGCAGCGGCAACAACAUCUUGCGCAGCGCCACCACCAACACCGACAGCGCCCUCCUCGAGUCCAUCCCUAGCAACCGAGCCCUCUCUCCCACGCGCUCCUCCCUCCCAGACCGCGACCUCGCCGACCGUCUAGUCCAGCUCUACUUCGAGCACGCCAACCCGCAACUCCCCGUGCUUCACCGAGGAGAAUUCACCGACCUAAUAGCCGCAACAUACGCCACGCCGGACACCGCCCGGCCCCAGCGCACUCUCUUCUUCCUCUUCAUCGUCUUCGCCAUCGGCGCCGGCAUCGUCUUCGAAGACCGUCGCGAGGAUGCAAACGAGCGCGCUAAACCAACAAAAAGCCAACCAGAAGCAUACCAUGCGACUGCAAUCUCCCACCUCCACUCAUCUUCCUCAUCAAUUACCGACUUCACCCGCCUCGAAUCCCUCCAAGCCGUCAUCCUCCUCGCGCACUUCGCCCUCCUCCGUCCUGUCGCCCCAGGACCCGCUCACACAGCUGGCCUCGCCCUGCGCACCGCAAUCGACAUGGGUCUGUACAUGGACCGUCACGAUGACCCCCACCCCACUACUUCUAAAGCAGUGGCAAAAUCAGCGAAAUCCACAUGCUGGACGCCCCUCGACCAGCGCCGCCGUCUCUGGUGGUGCGUCUACAGCCUCGACCGACUCAUCGCGCCCUGCACAGGCCGCCCUUUUGGCAUCGCGGACCAGGUCAUCUCCACCGGGUUCCCUGCCAUCCCUGCGGACCAGGCGAUUCGUCAGGCCGGGUGCGUGCCUUGCUCGAAGUAUAUCGCGAGACAUUAUUUUCAGCUGAGGGUGUUGCAGUCGGAGGUGCAUGAGGGGGUGCUGGGGUAUUGUGCGGCUAGGGGGAGGGAUUCUUCUUCCUUUUCUGCUUCUUCUUCUUCUUCUGCUGCUGCAGCUUCUUCUGGUGAUGUAGCUGCUGCUGCUGCCUCGUUUCCGUCUCCACCCACAGGAGAUGAUAGCGAUAGUCACAGGACCAAUGCGGCCCGCUUUUUGAAAAAGCUAGGAGUCCGCUCGUUUAGCGAGUGGGUAGGCAAUGUCCGCACGCGAUUAGACGCCUGGCGGGCGCGCGUACCUGUCGUCAGACGUCCCGGUGCGUGGUUUCCUGCUGCGUUGUUGGAGCUGGACUACUGGUUGACGGUGAAUUUGCUGUACCGGGGGAGUGUGCGCGUGCCGGGGGGGUUGGCUUGGGAUUCAGACUUGGGAUUCGGUUUGGGCUUGGGUGGUCGUCCUAGGGUUGAUGAAAAUGGGGAUGAAAGUGAGGACGAGGGGGAUGAGAAUGUGUCUAUUGAAGUGGCGGAAGCAAGUCAGAAAGUACUCCAGAUAUACCGCAUGAUGCAUCAUGUGCGGCUGGUCAACUAUACUUAUCUGGCGACGCACAGUAUUUUCAUGGCUGGCAGCUUUUUUCUCUUCACAAUAUGGAACUCGCCUCUCGUGCGCAGUCGCCUGACCCUCGACGAAAUAGACUACACUCUCCUGGCAGGAACGUCCGUCCUCACGGAUAUGAUCGACAAAUACCCGCACGCGGAAGCCUGUCGCGAUGCGCUGGCCCGCAUGGGCGUCGCUACCGUGCAGAUGUGUUUGUCGACUGGGGGGUUCCGUACGGAUUCUGUUCAAGAUGAGGGUGGGAAGGCUCCUACGCUCUCGCGGGAGGGACGGUUGUUGAAUGGGGAUGGUGACUCUAGUCGAAGGCAGGUUGGGAGGGACUCUGGUUCAGGGAGUGUGUCGCCUGUUGGGAUGGCGUGUGCUGGUUUGGUUGGUGUGGGACAGGGUGGGGAUGGGCAGGGUGAUGGGGUUAGUCCGUUAAAUUUGGAUUUUCUGGAUUUGGACUUAGACUUGGACGUGGACGUUGAUGUGGACUUGGAUAUGGGCGUGGGUUUCGGGGGUGCUGGGCCUGUGUCUUGGGUUGUGGAUGGAAUGGAGGGGGAGGGUGGUAUAGAGUCAUCGUUAUUGGGUGGUGCUACUUCUAGAGACUGA